AUGCCCGUGAGAAGAAGAUCUCAAGCCGCUGUAGUCCCGGACUCAGAGGACGAUAACCUUCUCAGCGGCACUUCAGUCAGAAAUGUCUCGCCGCCGCGACGGACUAAUCCUCGGCGCAAAACACCACGUUCCAGGAUCAGCACCGCCCGCGUCAUCGACGACUCCGACGAUGAUGAGCUUGCAUCAUUAGCCAUGGAUACCCCCCACACCCGUACCCCCCAAACGGCUCAGAAUCUGGCCGUCAAGGUGGUGAUUCCCUCACAAAAGGAUGCAUCCCCGAGCGACUCAAGCGCUUCAUCAGGGAAUCCAUCUGGCGAAGGCAACACAGCAUAUAGUACGCCGGCGACUAGCGUUGGAACGCCUGCAGAGUCUAGCGUCAAGCGCACGCUCGGUCGUGUCAAUGCAUCAGAUCGUGCCCAGCGUCUGCGCGCGAGUAGCACCGCCGCGAGACGAACGUCGCUGCGAAAUCAGCGCGGAACGAAGCGAUCUGCUGACGAUGCCGAGCUAGCCCAGGAAGGUGAUCUCAACCCAAAGAUGUCGGAUGCAGCAAUGGCCCAUGCUUUGCAGAUGGAGGAAUAUGAAAAGCAGCCGUUGCCCAAGAAGCGAAAGGCCGAUGCCCCUGAGCAACGUCGAGCUUACUCACAUACUCACCCAAGCAUUGUUGAUAUUUCGAGCGAGAGCGGCUCAUCUCUUUCGGACUCUAUGGAUGAGAUGUUUGACUCUAUGGAUGACCUUGACUCGACCUUCGAUUCCGAGUCUGAGGGAGAGUGGAUCACUAUCCAAACACUGCAGGAGUCAAAGAGAAACCGCAAGUCGAAGGGCAGAGACGCUGAAGACUUGGAGUCGACUAACCUGUCCGAAGAUGAGCUUAUUUCUAUGGGUUUGAGCUGGGAAGAGCAGCGUAAAGCUCGUCGAGCCAAGGCCGAUCGAAAGAAAUUAGAGAAAAAGCAUCCGGCCAUUGUGACUAUGUGGGAGACGCUCAAGGCAACCCCCAUCAUCACGCCAAAGCCUGCACUCCAGCCGGAGUCCAUCACGCGCAAGUUGAAGCCUUUCCAGUUGGAAGGUUUGAAUUGGAUGCUGGAACAGGAGAAGACGCAGUAUCGGGGAGGCCUUCUCGGUGAUGAAAUGGGAAUGGGAAAAACCAUUCAGGCUGUGUCCCUGAUCAUGUCUGAUUUCCCUCAGCGAGAGCCAACUUUGGUCCUCGUGCCACCGGUUGCUCUAAUGCAAUGGGUUUCUGAGAUCAAGGAGUACACCAAUGGCAAGCUGAAGGUUUGCGUAUAUCACAACGCGGAUCCCAAGGUCAAGAAGCUGUCUCAAGCUGAUCUUCGGAAGUUCGACGUUAUCAUGAUUUCCUACUCGAGUCUCGAGUCAAUUUACCGAAAACAAGAAAAGGGUUGGACGCGUGGCAAUGGAACCGUCAAGGAAGAUAGUGAGUCCGCAUUUCUGCGAUUUCUCAUCUCGACCCAUAUUCACCUCCGUCUAGGCUUGAUCCAUUCAAUCCAUUACCACCGCCUCAUCCUUGAUGAAGCGCAUAGUAUCAAGCAACGCACAACUGGAGUCGCGAAAGCUUGUUUUGCUUUAAAGGCUUCCUACAAGUGGUGCCUGUCUGGUACGCCCGUUCAAAACAGAAUUGGAGAAUUUUUUUCUCUCCUGCGGUUCUUGCAGGUCAAGCCCUUCGCUUGCUAUUUCUGCAAGCAGUGCCCUUGCGAACAGCUACAGUGGUCUGCGAACAAACAGGGUCGAUGCAAUGAGUGCGGACAUACGGGCUUUAACCACAUCUCGAUCUUUAAUAAGGAAAUUCUCAAUCCGAUUACCGAGGGUCGGACUGCCGAGGAGCGCAAGGAAGGCCUAGCCAAGCUGCGCCUGAUCACCGAUCACAUUAUGCUUCGACGGAUGAAGGAAGAGCACACUUCGUCUAUGGAACUCCCGCCUAAGAGAAUUACCAUCCAUAAUGAGUUCUUUGGAGAGAUCGAACACGACUUUUCUCGCAGUAUUAUGACCAAUUCUUCGCGGCAGUUUGACACCUAUGUUAGUCGUGGUGUCAUGUUGAACAACUACGCAAACAUUUUCGGUCUUAUCAUGCAAAUGCGACAGGUGGCAAACCAUCCUGACUUGAUCCUCAAGAAACACGUGCAGCCCGGAUUCAAUGUUUUGGUCUGCCGUGUUUGCGACGAGCCUGCCGAAGAUGCCAUUCGGUCGCGUUGCCGACACGAGUUCUGCCGCAAGUGCGCUAAGGAUUAUAUCCAGUCAUUUGAUGACGCCUCCACGGUGGACUGCCCGCAGUGCCACAUCUCCCUCUCCAUCGAUCUGGAGCAGCCCACUAUUGAGCAGUCUGACGAGUCGAUGAAGAAGAAUUCGAUCAUCAAUCGAAUUCGGAUGGACGACUGGACAUCUUCGACUAAAAUUGAGACUCUGCUCUACGAACUAUACCAGCAGCGCACGAAGAGUCACACCCCCAAGUCCAUUAUCUUUUCGCAGUUCACCUCGAUGCUGCAACUCGUGGAGUGGCGGUUGCGGCAUGCCGGAUUCAAUACCGUGAUGCUCGAUGGCACCAUGACGCCGGCACAGCGUCAAAAGUCCAUUGAGCAUUUCAUGAAGAACGCCGAUGUCGAAGUCUUCCUUGUCUCGCUCAAAGCAGGUGGUGUGGCCUUGAACCUGACGGAAGCGUCUCGUGUCUUUAUAGUGGAUCCAUGGUGGAACCCUGCCGCUGAAUGGCAGAGUGCUGACCGAAGCCAUCGCAUUGGUCAGCAGAGACCAUGCGUGAUCACCCGAUUGACGAUUGAAGACUCGGUCGAAUCACGAAUUGUCCAGCUUCAAGAGAAGAAGGCGAACCUUAUCCGAGGCACCAUCAAUAAAGAUCAGGGCAAAGCCUUGGAGAAACUCACUCCUGAGGAUAUGCAGUUCCUGUUCCGAGGCUCAUGA